AUGUCGCAGCCUUUGAAAGAAGCCGAUAUCAUAUUUCCGCAUCUCUCCAACACACCAAACCUCUCCAGUACCCUCUCUUCUCUACGCCGCUCAACACUAUCAACGCAAAACCGCCUCGCCUCCAUCGUCUCAGACAGCGAAUUCAUCACAUCUGUCGGAUCCGCCUAUGAUCUGCCUCUAGUGGCAAAUGAGCGGUGUGGCAGUUGGUAUAUUCCGCCCUUUCAGAAAUCCGGAUCUGUCUAUUUCAAAAGCACGGACGGCCAUAUGGGUGAAUGGAGCUUCAGUCUGAGAAGACUGAACUUGCAGUUGUUAGAUGUCAUAAAGAGCUAUGGGGGUGCGGUGGUUGUAGAUAGUACGAGAAGGGGGAAAAGUAUGCCAGACGCGUUGAGCAAAACGAUCCCCAUAUGGUGCUGUGUCAUCAACAGGGCUGUUUUUGGCAGAGAAGAAAAAGGAGAAGUGAAAUUGUUUUCUCCGCCGCAAGCGGUGAGCGAAAGUGAGCAUGCGCAGAUGGAGACGAAGAUAGAUGGGUUCGUGCGACAAUUUAUGGAAAUCUGCAAGCCAAACAUCUCGGAACUUCGCAGUAAGCUACAGAAACCACUGAGGCCGAUCUGGGCGACACAGCUAUCAUCUCUUCCGGACUCAGCCCCUUCUUUUCCGGACUUUCAUCCCAUCGUGCUCUGCACAGCUUCACGACGUGUGCGCGGUGCCGAGGCAUCAGAGAGCGGGUAUAUCCAGGGUGCCGCUGAUGACCACGAAGCAUGGUCGCACGGGCUGACUCCGACACUAUUCUGGAAGCAUAAAGAUGUUUUGAUGAAAACGAGUGAGGAAGACAUGCCUACCCUGAUUGAAAGACUACUCAAAGAAGAGGGGGGUAGCAGUGCAGUCGCAAGUUUGAUCAAGCCGACAUCGAAACUGCACAUCUCAGCUAGUGAUCAGAUGAACAUUGCUGGCUUCGAAAUGGUGGUAAGCUGCACACCGGAGCCGUUCGCCACCUCAAGGCUCAAGGAAGCUGGAGUCAAGCGCUAUCUACAUCUCAAAUGUCAAGUAGGCAAACUAGGAUCGCGUGAUCUGCGUACUCAGCUGCCUCAGCUUCUACAAUUUUUCUCAUCAUUUGAAACACCGACGACCGGAAACAUCCUUGUAUGCUGUCCAACAGGCAAAGAUCUUUCUGUUGGUACAGCUCUGGCCGUGUUAUGUCUUUACACCGAUGAAGACGGAAAUAUAGAUACAAGCAAGUCAAGAGAAGCAAAGGAUAUCGGAAAAGUCUUUAUCAAGCAAAGACUGAGCUGGAUAACGACAAGCAACCCGGCGCUGAACCCGAGUCGUACUACACUCCAAAGUGUCAAUGCUGUUCUACAAGAAAGCCAAGAUCCAAAGGCCUACUCGCAGACCAAGAAUCAUGGCAUAGGUAAUGGUAGCUUUACUACAUCAAUACCAAUCAGAGAAACGAGGCAAUUACCACAAGAACCAGAAGAUUUACAAACAGGAGAGGAAUCUCGAAACGAAAAGCCACAACAAAGCUCGUCUUCAAUAGCCAAAAACAUCUUCGAGAGCCUACGUAACUCGGCAAACACAUCAUGGAAUUUUCAACGCACGCUGCGCUCCUCAUUACCCACACAUCCUUCUGGCACCGUGGCAGGCAUAGCGACAUUCACGCCCUGCAACCUACCGGAUAACUCUCGACCAACGCUUCUUUACGCCGAACAAGGUGACUUCAUCACCGACACGGGACUGAAGUUCACUGCGCGGAGGAAAUACGUUUAUCAACUCAAACCUAAUGAUGAUGAUGCUAGGGGAGAAUACAUCGCAGUCCGCUUCUUCAACGACGAAAAGAUGCCACGAGCGGAGAUUGAAGAUGGUGUUGGAAAGGGUGGUGAAGGAAUUGGCGGGUUAUUUGUAGAGAUGGGUGACCUUGAGGCUGAUGGGCGUGAAAUGAAGGCGAAGAAUAAGGAAACACAUCUCUGUGCCAAGGACCUGUAUACGGCGAGUUGGAGGUUUGGCGAGGGUCUUGUUACAGGGGGCGCACAAGACAUUUGGUGGGAGGUACGCUAUGAUGUUAAAGGGCCCCAGAAGGACUACGUGGGCACUACGCGAUAUACUCUUGUUUGA